AAGUUAAUUAUUAAUGGUCCAUAAUAACAUUACUGAUACAGUGACACAAUCACUUGCACAUUUCUUAGACCAUGUUUCAUACACUUUUCUUUUGAAUCUGUUCUGUUUUCUUUUGUGUACUAUUCAAUCUCCUUCUCUAGUUUAAGCAAAAAUAUCAAUGGCUACCAACAAAUUUGCAACCAUGUUACAUAGAAGCACCAACAAAAUAGUUGCAAUUCUAGUAUAUGCAUUUCUUGAAUGGAUUUUAAUUAUUCUUCUCCUUCUAAACUCUUUGUUCAGUUACUUCAUCACAAAAUUUGCCAAUUUUUUUGGCCUUAAACCACCUUGUCUUUAUUGUUCAAGAGUUGAUAAUGUGUUUCAUCAAGAAAAUGAAACAAUUUUUCAAAGUGAUCUUGUUUGUGAGACUCAUGCAACUGAGAUUUCAAACAUUAGUUACUGUUCAAAUCAUCAAAGAUUAGCACAAACACAUAGCAUGUGUGAAGAUUGUUUUUCUUCAAGACCAAAUCUUCAUCAUGAAAAGUACUUCUCAUUUGGUAUGAGACAUGAUGAGAAUGUGACGAAUAGGUGUUCUUGUUGCAAUGAGAGAUUGAAAAACCAAAUUUACCCUUCUUAUUUGUUGUUGAAGCCUUCUUGGGAUGAUGAUGGUAACUAUCUAAGCAAAGGGUCUCUCAUUGUUGAAUCAAUAGAAGAUGAUGAUGACAAAGAAGGUGAUAAGUACCUUGAGUUUGAGAUAAACAAUGGAGAAGAACAUGAUCAUGAUCAUGAGCAUCAGAUAUUUUCUGAUAUUGAAAGUUUUAUCCUUAGAGAAGUAGCCGAGGAUCGAUCGAGUUCGGUUUCGAACUUGAAUUCUGAUGAAAAGGAUGUAGAAAAAGAUGAUCCAAGUGGCGAUGAUAAUUUUAUUCAUCAAUUUGAUGAUACUACUAUUAUGCAGGUUUCACAUUGUGAAGAUAGAUCACUUGAAAUCAUCGAUAUGCGAUUUCGGAAUGAUGUAACUUGUGACGAUAACAGGUUGAUAUCUGUUGAGUUGAUAGAUUCUAUCACUUGUUUAAAGUAUGAAUUAUGCAAAUUGAAUGAGGAUCUUGUAAAGAGGGAGGAAAAGAUUCAAACUUCAGCCAGUGAGUCCCUAGUUGAACUGCAUUCAAGUGUUGUAGGAGGGGAAGUAGUACUCACAAUGGAUGAGAAUGUAGAGAAAACAAACAUGAGAGAACUUGAAAGCUUGGAAAAUUCUAUAACUGUUGAAGUUGAAGGGUUUAAUCAGAAUUCAGAAGCUCAAACUUGUGUGAAUGAUGAUAAUAGUAUUGAAGCAGCCACAGAAGAAACAAACGAUGCACAAGUUGAUCUUCCUCGAUCUCAAGAUGAUGAAUCUGAAUCAAGUGAUGAUGAUGCUGAAAUUCAAAAUGCCUUUGAAAUAUUUUUUUCUCAGAAUAAUCUAAGUAUGUCUAACAGUUUAUCCAAUGAUGACAGAAAUUUAGAAACAGAUAUGGAAGAACAAGAAAAUACUCCACUAGCUAAUCUGCCUCCAUCUGAUGAACCAACCUUGUCAAGUCAAUGCAUACCAGAAGAUCAAUCUUCUACAAGUGAGGAUGAUACUGAAGUUAACAAUGCAUUUGAUGAAUUCAUUGCUCAGAAUAAUCUAUGUAUAGAUAAAAAAGGUGUAAAUGAUAAUGAAUAUAAUGAAAUGGAUGAGAAAACAAUAACAGUUGAAAAAAUUGAGGAGGAAACAAGCCAUGAAUCAUCCAAAUGCUCAGAGUCAUGUGAAGUAGAGGAAGAUAAGCUUCCAGAAACUCCUAGUUCUGCAGAUGCCAUGCAUUAUCUUCAUAGGAAAUUGAUGCUCUUUGAGAAAAGAGAAUCAGGAGCAGAAGAUUCUGGAGAUGGUAGUGUUGCAAGUGAGGUAGAAUUCGGCGAUCCAGUGUUAACAAUCGAUCGGCUGAAAACAGCGCUAAAAUCAGAACAAAAAGCUCUAAGUGCUAUAUAUCAAGAACUAGAAGAAGAGAGAAGUGCCUCAGCAAUAGCUGCAAACCAAACAAUGGCAAUGAUAACAAGGUUGCAAGAAGAAAAAGCAGCAAUGCAGAUGGAAGCAUUGCAAUACCAAAGAAUGAUGGAAGAACAAGCUGAAUAUGAUCAAGAGGCUUUACAGCUUUUGAACGAUUUAAUGACGAAAAGAGAGAGAGAGAAGCAAGAACUUGAAAUGGAAUUGGAAGAGUAUAGGCAGAAGGUUAUGGAUUAUGAAGCAAAAGAGAAGUUAAGAAUGUUGAGAAGAAUGAAAGAUGGAAGUAUAAGAAGUAGAGACUCUUCUUGUUCUUGUUGCAACACGGGCUAUACCGAUGAGUUAUCGGAUGAUCUUAACAAUGAAAAUGAGGAAAAGGAAGAAGGUAAUGGUAUUUUCAAUAAUCAAGAAGAUAAAGUUUCUAACUUGGAAGAGAUUGCAUUAGAUUGUGUAAAGCAUGUAAGUGAACUUGAUAGUACUUUGGUAGAAUUUGAGGAAGAGAAAGCUUCUAUUCUAGAUCAACUCAAAGCAUUAGAAGAAAAGAUAGUUUCAUUGGAAGAUGGGGAAGAACUUCUUGAUGAGAAGUGCAAUUUUAGAAGUCUAGAGGACUAUUCAAAUGAUUUUUCAGAUGAUGAUAAACACUCUCCAAGAAGAACAAUAGGUUGCUUGGCAAAGAAGUUACUACCAUAUUUAGAUGAAGCUGAUAAUGAGAAUGAUGGAACAUUUACAUAUAGAAAAUUGGAAAGUGAUUCAAUUGAUAUGGAAAUGCAAAACUCAGCUCCUAUAAUAAGUGAAAUGGAUAGUAUGAAAGUUUCUAUUGAAGAAGAGGUUGAUCGUGUUUAUGACAGGUUACAAGCUCUUGAAACAGAUAGGGAAUUUCUACACCAUUGUAUGGGAUCCAUACAAAAUGGUGGAGAUGAAGGAAAGGAUUUACUUCAAGAAAUCUUGCAACAUCUUCGCGAUCUUAAGAGUGUUGAACUCCGUCUCAAGACUUUGGACAAUGAUCCAUCCCCUAUAAUUAAGUUGCAUUCGCCAAACAAUAACUUGUAGGCAUAAGGUUGCAAUGUUGGAAGUGAUCAUGAUGAAUAUGCACAAGUAGGAUUUCUAAAGAGUUAUUUCUCAAUUAAUGUGCUUCAUAUAGAAGCAUUAUAACCAAAUUUUGUUGCAAAAAAUGGGAGAAAAAAAAUUCUCCAAUGGAAGGAGGAGGGAUUUCUAGUUUUAUAUCAUGGUUUGUUAAAUGGUGAUAUGCAAACUACAAAGAUGAAGGAUGUUUAUGUAUGUAAGGUGUGAGCUUUGGGCUAAUUAAAAAAAAAAAAUUAUGCAAAGUUCAUAAUUUUGCAAGAUGAAGGAGAAUGAUUUUUUCUCUACCUUUUAUAUUUUCAAGAGCCUCCAAUUGAUACGUUUAGAUUAAUUAAUUCAAAUGUAUAUUUAAAAAAUACAUUUGAAUUAAUUAAUUUAGAAAAUAUUGGAGUGAAAUAAGAAAUUCUACAAUUUAAAUUACUUUGAGAUUUUUAGAAAUGAAUUUCUCAAUACAUAAAAUCUGAUUAAUUUUGUUCUUUCAUUUUCCUAUCCUUUGUUAGGUUUGUUAGAUGGGGGAGGAAAAAUAGUAAAAUUGUAGGUAGCAAGUUGGGUGUUAAAAUUGUGCGCUUGUAAAUUUUACAAUAAAAUCUUGUGUCUAUUGAUUAA